AUGGAAAAAAAUAUAAUUAAGGGUCUAAUAUUCACUUUAGUUAAAUUAAAUACAGGAAUUCAAUUCUAUUUCUUUUAUCAAUACAUAAAUUAAGAUUAAAAAAGCUACAUCUACAGCUUCGUUAGCUUUUAUGUUAUAGAAAGAAUAUUUAGUUGGACUAUUGAAAUAAGUGCUCUAAAUACAAAGAAAUUAGAAUCCCUUUUAAUACUAAUUCUUAAUUUGGUAUAAUUGGAGGAGUUCUAUUUCAUGAUUAACUAUAACAGGCAUAGUAAGUAUUUAGAAUAAGGUAUAAUAGGGUAAGGUGUAAUUAUAUGCUUAUUUAACAUUCCUUUGUACAUAAUGAGUUUAGUUUGGGUUUUAAAAAUCCAAUAUACACUUCUAAAUGUGGCUUUUAUUUCAAUUGUUCUCGUAUUGCUAUACGUAGGGCCAUUUUCUGUAGCUUUUAUCAUGUUUAUAGAUGCUUAAUAGUUUAAUAUUGAUAAUUUCUCAAAGAUAAAACUAUGGGUUUUUUAAUAUUUAUAUUCUUACUUUCAAUUUUUUACUUUUUUCUGGUCCCUUUGCUAUAUAUGGAAUUAUUAUAACUUUUAAUACUAUGUCUUAGUAGUUUACUGUGUGCUUAUUGUUCUACAAAUAAAUUAUUUAUGGCUCCGUUUUAAAAAUAACUUCUAAGCUUGCGAUAAAUAUAUCUUUUUUAUUUUAAUCAUUAUCAAAUAAUUACUACAUAUUGUGCUUAGAUAUAGUAAGAAAAGGAAUCAAGUGAUUAACAUUUUAAAUAAAACUGGCUAUAAAAUGUAUAAUUCUAUGAUUAUUUUUGAAUCUUUGAUUAAACUAUAUCUUUUAAUAGCAUUUUGGAUUGUUUUUAAAACAAAAACUAAUAAUUAGCAGUUAUAUUCAUUUUAAGUUACCGUUUUAGUGAUGCUGAUAAUAAGUUUUUUAAUCCUACUUUACUAAAGUAUAAUUAAUGUAUUAAUAAGAUAGUAUAUUUAUAAAGAAUUUAUAGAAUUGGAUUCUAUUCAAGAGUUUAUUUAGCUAGAUAAGAAUAGUAAGGAGAUUAAAAAUAAAAGUAUAAAACACAUUUAAAUAUUUGAUAAUUUUUAUAAUUAAGAGACUCAUGGAAUAAAUAUAAUUAAAGAUAUUUUAUUUGAGUAUGAAGGUAUAGAAAUAACAGGAAAAGAUUUUAAUAAGAAAAAGAUACAAAACGAUAAAUAUUAUUACAUUGUAUAAGCUUAAUUUCUAGUGAAAACAUAAUAAAUUUUAGAUGCCAUUUAAACAAAGAAAGUGGUAUCAUAAAUAUAAAGUGUUCAUUUAAAUUUUUAAAAUGACGAACAGUUAUAUGAUUUAUAUAAAUUUUGGAUAAAUCACUACAUUGAAAUAAGUCUCCAUACAAACUUUGACAAUAAAUAUUACAAAUUAGUUACUGAAAUUAAAUAAUAAAUGUAAUCUACUAUUUCUUAACUGGUUACAUAUUAAAAAUUAAUUUUUCCUAAGAUGAUUGUAAAUCCUUAUUACAUUUAUUAUGAUUUGUAUGAUUGA